AUGAUACUGUUGUUUGCCGCCCAAACAGGUGUUUCCGGCUUGCAGUCCUACCUUGCCUCCAACAUCUGUCCCAAUGGCUCCGGUCAGGACAACGACUCGCGUUCUACCCAACGCCUCAUCGGUAUCCUUGCCGAAGUUUUUGUCUCCGUCUACGUAGGUCUCGCCAUCUAUGCGUUGUAUACUCGUGACUGUUCCACCCUCUACCGCUUGGUUUCGACCAGGCUCAACGCCACUGCGUGGUCUCGA